AUGCUUGAGCCUCCCGACAAUCGUGAGAGCAAGGAUCACACCGGUGACCAGAAACUCGAGGCCGGGAAUAUUCACUUGCAGCAACUCACCUCGCCCAGGUCUGGAAUCCUGACUGUUAAGCUCGGGUGGGCUUAUCGCCUGAGCUUACCAGAUGACUUAGACGACUCGAACCCGGAAUUGAGCAAGCGAUGGCGACUGUACGCAAUUGGAGAAUAUGAAGGGUUCCAGACAUCCACAGAGGUGACGGCCACUAUGGCCGCCAAGGGAGCGGUUUUAUGGGGAGCAUGGCAACGACCAUUCAAGUUUGAGGUCUCUGCGUCUCCAUCCUCCGAGUUGAAGAUAUCCCUUUUUGCCAGAAAUAGCGGCUUUGAUACGUCAAUGCUGAUCUCCUGGGGAGAUUACGAAAACCAAGUCAUCUUUCUUGAAAUGGUCAGAUUGAAUCCAUUCCUGAUGGGUUCGGGUCUGCAAAAGGUGGACAUCCAGAAUGGCACAGGGAGACUCGAGGCCGAGAUUUCCUACAUACGGAAGGAGGCUCUGCCCUUGGAGACGUCGGAAAUAUGGAGCGUCCGCAGGGAGAAUAACCCUGGUAAUCUGGAUCUCAUCUAUGUCGAAAAGAAAGAGACAGGUCAAAGCUAUGGCAUGAAGGCCAUUGAUAUUCAUACUAUUGUUCAUAAUGACCUUGCAGCUUCUGGGUUAUCUGACAUGGAUACUAACAUUGACAUCAACAUGGCACCCCGGCUUACUCUCCGCUGCGCCAUCCAACACCCUUUUCAUCGCACCGCUCAAAUUUUCUUUCAGGACCCAGUAGUGGAUAUCUUUCUUGAUCAUUUACAAAUGGAGCGGCAGUUUGAUAUCAAUAAGGCUAGAUAUUACGCUGCGGAGCUGGUCUGCACUUUGGAAUACCUGCAUAACCAAAAUAUUACCCUUGGUUCACUGGAGCUGCAGAAUAUUCUCCUAGAUUCCUCUGGUCAUGCCAGUCUAUGCGAGCCUGGCAUUUUUGGAUUGAAAUUAGGAGCGAGGGACGACUGCAUUUCUCCCAGUACUACCGCAUACCCAGCCCCUGAAGCCCUUUUUGACAACCAAGAGGUUUCUGGUGCAGUGGAUUGGUGGGCUUUGAGAACCAUUCACUAUGAGAUGUUGACUGGCAUACCACAUUUCUACCACAAAGACAGCGGCGAGCGGCAUAACAACAUUCUCAAUCAAGAGGAUCCUACAGCUUCCCGAGAAUCUGCCAUUAAUUGGAAGGGAUAUUUUAAUCAAGCUUUCCAAUAA